AUGAGGUCGUUUACUACCGUUGUCACCGCGUUCUGCGGGCUUGUCCUGUCCAGUAGCUCUAUAGUUUCCGCGAAACCCACCUCCGAGUCCAAUCUGCUUCCCGCCGAUUUCAAGCCUCCUCAAGUCUUCAAGAAUGUGAAUCUGGUUCGGAGUACGAACCUUGAGAAAAGCUACGCCCGUGAGACUAUCAACGUGGUGGUCGAAAAUGUUGAUAAACAGCCCCAGAGCGAGUACUAUCUGUCCUUCCCUUCGGACGUCUUCGAGCGGGUCGGAGGUCUAGAAGUCCGCAACAAAAAGCAUGCAGAGAAGGGGAGGCUUGAUGUGGAAGCUGCAGAGGUUGAUGCUGCCAGUGACUUCCAAUACUUCAUCGUCCACCUGCCUGAACCUCUGGCUCCUUCGUCACAACUCACCCUUGGAAUCUCGUACUCCCUUCUCAACUCCCUCCAACCGCGUCCGGCUGCCAUUGAGCAGUCAGAUCGCCAGUUCCUGACUUACUCCUUCUCCGCAUACGUGCCAUCCGCUUAUCAGACGGUGUCACAAAAAACCAAAGUCAAGUUCCCAAGCGCAAACAUCCCCGACUACACAACCACGGAUCUCAAGACUGGUGCGGACCCGGAACGUCAGGGCACUACCUACACUUAUGGACCUUACGACACUGUCAAGGUCGCGCCAGGCACAUCCUACGCCAUCACGGUCCGAUAUGAGUUCACGAAGCCCGUGAUUACAGCCUCAUUGCUGGAACGGGAUCUAGAGGUGUCCCACUGGGGUGGAAACUUGGCUACUGAGGAGCGCUACUGGCUUCGCAACAACGGCUCCAAGCUACUUACCCAGUUCUCCCGCGUGGACUACACUGUCGCCAAUUACCAGCAGUCUCCCUCCACUGCCAUCAAGGAGCUCAAGUACCCUUUAAAGCCAGGCUCAGUGGACCCUUACUUUAUUGACGAUAUUGGGAAUGUCUCUACGAGCCGCUACCGUCCCGGACUGAAAAACCGUGAAGCCAACCUUGAGUUUAAGCCCCGGUACCCUGUUUUCGGCGGUUGGAACUAUAGCUUCCGUCUUGGGUGGAAUAAUGACCUCUCGUCCUUUUUGCGUCGGGCGGUUUCUAGCGAUGAUUCCUACAUUCUCAAGGUUCCGUUCUUGGAGGGACCUAAGAUGGGUGAGGGUAUUCAGUACGAGAAGGUAGUCUUGCGUGUCGUCCUGCCUGAGGGCGCCAGGAAUGUGCGCUACGAGACUGUGGAAGGUUCCUCUAGCAACGGAUUGCCCAGCGCAAGCCAGAUCCAAGCCUCUCUAUCUACUCACAAAACCUUCAUGGAUACGCUUGGUCGUACCGCUCUGACUUUAACCGUGGAGAGCCUCACCGACGAAGCUCGCGAUUCUCAGCUCGUGGUAAGAACUCCAACCUUUAGCCGUCACGGACUGCAGCAGUCACUUACUUGGGAACAGGUUACCUACGAUUACUCCUUUUGGGAUGGAAUGCGAAAGCCCAUCACCAUUACAAUCGGGCUAUUCAGCGUCUUUGCGGCCGCAUGGGCCAUCACGAACAUCGAUGUGAGCAUCAAGAAGCGAUAG